AUGUUGCGGAGGCUACUGGAACGGCCCUGCACACUGGCCCUACUUGUGGGCUCCCAGCUGGCCGUCAUGAUGUACCUGUCACUGGGAGGUUUCCGAAGCCUCAGUGCCCUGUUUGGCCGAGAUCAGGGGCCCACCUUUGACUAUUCUCACCCCCAUGAUGUCUACAGUAACCUCAGUCACCUGCCUGGGGCUGCUGUUGCCCCAGGAGCCCCUCCAGCUCCUCAAGGUCUGCCCUACUGUCCAGAACGGUCUCCUCUCUUAGUGGGUCCUGUGUCGGUGUCCUUUAGCCCAAUACCAUCACUGGCAGAGAUUGUGGAGAGGAAUCCCCGGGUGGAACUGGGAGGCCGGUACCGCCCGGCAGGGUGUGAGCCCCGCUCCCGAACAGCCGUCAUUGUGCCUCACCGCGCCCGGGAGCACCACCUGCGUCUGCUGCUCUACCACCUGCAUCCCUUCCUGCAGCGCCAGCAGCUCGCUUAUGGCAUCUAUGUCAUCCACCAGGCUGGAAACGGAACAUUUAACAGGGCAAAGCUGUUGAAUGUUGGGGUGCGGGAGGCCCUGCGUGAUGAGGAGUGGGACUGCCUGUUUCUGCAUGACGUGGACCUCCUGCCUGAGAAUGACCACAAUCUGUAUGUGUGUGACCCCCGGGGGCCCCGGCAUGUCGCCGUUGCCAUGAACAAGUUUGGAUACAGCCUCCCAUACCCCCAGUAUUUUGGGGGGGUCUCAGCACUCACUCCUGACCAGUACCUGAAGAUGAAUGGCUUUCCCAACGAAUAUUGGGGCUGGGGUGGUGAGGAUGACGACAUCGCUACCAGGGUGCGCCUGGCCGGGAUGAAGAUCUCUCGACCUCCCACAUCUGUGGGACACUAUAAGAUGGUGAAGCACCGAGCAGAUAAGGGCAACGAGGAAAAUCCUCACAGUCACUCUGAGGCCAGGGGAUCUCCCAUCCUGCUCAGGGAAAGCAACUGAGUCAUACACGAUUCCCAGAACGCCUGGGUCUUCGGAGGACGGCACCAAAUGUCCAAAUCCCUGGAGAGAAGACACUGGGUGAGCAGGGAAGGGCUCCAGCUGAGCCCCGUCUCCCCUUCCCUCUGUGUCACACCUGGACAGGCAGGCGAGCUCCUUGGUACUGUAGGUUCACCACAGCAACAGACACAGCAGUGAUGGUACGCAGGGCACGAGCCAGCGGUGCAGCCUCAGCAGGGAGCAGCUCACUUAGCACUGAGGUCAGGAAGAGGCUGGGUUAGGAGGCAUUCAUACUUUUCAGGAGUCAUCAACCCUCUAGCAUUAGAAUCCCACAGAGCUGGCCGGUUCAGAGGUGUGGUGGGGUCCUGCUGGCCCAGGAAGGCACAGUUGUUGCAUCACCCCGCUUGAGGAAGGGGAGGGCAGCUAUCCCAUUACCUGAGGCUGGCACUGCACUAAUAACAUGGUCAGCCUCCAGACUGCUGUCCCCUAGAGACACCUGAGAGGAUGGAAACAUUUGAGACAAAGAAAAUAACGAAUCUUAUGGUUGAAGCAAGACUCUUUCCGCCUCACCCUCAGUUUCCCAGGCACCCAAGUGGCAGGAGAGACUGGGUGCUGACCCAAUGUGAAGAGACUGAGUGACUGUGGUCUGCACAAAAAUCACUCUCCUAUACAAUCCGGGAAGUGGGGCAGACGGAGGCCAGUGUGGCCAUUCUUAAAAUGUUUAGUGAAGCUAGGUUGUUCCUCUCUCCCCAAGCCAUUUAUAAGCAUUACUUCUGUCAACAGGCUUAGAUCAAAAGGGUCCUGAUGGAAGGACCACAAAUUAGGCCUUGGUACCCGGGUGGUCCAUAUUUGUGGACUAGCUUCUGAGGCAGGAAAACGAUGAGUAACUCCUGUUCUGCCAGCCCUGGUCUGGCGAAACCACACAGACAGCUGGAAACAUUGACACACAGGUUUGUUACUCUCCAGGGGGCUCCCCUACCUUCCAGCGCCCUUCUGCCUGAAGGCUGAGCCCACAGACUGGUUGGCCUCUGAGAACACUGACCCCCCUGCUAGUUAGGUGCGUGUCAAGGGCCUGAGGCAACAUCUCCAGCCCUCCACGGAGGGACCACUGGCUCCAGCGCUCCGCCCGGGCCUGGCGAACAAGUGCUGAGUCUGGCUGUGGGCUCCGCCCUGCAGAGGAGGAAACAGUAGAAUCAUCAAGACAGCACCCCCUGUUGCCCCCCACCUCGCUCUGGUGGUCCUUAGUGUCAUCAACCCUUGAACCAAUCCCACCUCACCUGCCCCCAGCAGCAGCCCCAGUAAUAUGGAACGGUGUGUUUGUUCAGCUUGGAAGAGACUGGGAAAGCAGGACCUGAUGCUGAGCUCACGACUGUUCCCGGCAAACACUCCACGGCAGAGACUGUCCAUAGCUAGAGAUGCCACCUGAAGGGUGAGACUGGGACUGAGACGCCAAGAAAUAAGCUGCACUGACUUCCACUGGCCUUGCUUGGAAGGGUGUAAGGUGGGAUGGGGUUUGAGCUGGGGUGCAUUCCCACCAUAACAGAAGAAUGGGAAGGGAGUAAAGGUAUUCAUCUCCAACACUGAGUUUGGGGGGAUUCUGGAGAUAAGAAGAGGGCAUUCUCAAAUGAUGCAGAAGAGCCCCUAGGUGGUAGGUUUGAGGAGAAAGUUCUGCAGCUAAUUUAGGAGGCAAGGGGCUUGGGCAGUGUCACCUCAGGUCCAAGGCGGCGCUGGGCAAAACUGUGCACACUCUCAUCAGGCUCUUUGCCCCGGGGCUUGGUCAAUUCCCUCAGCCCAGCCCAGAACAGAGGUUUGGAGAAGGGAGGUGAAGGGCGGAAUAGCCCCCUGCAUGGAGGAAGACAUAGUGAGGGGGAGGUUCUGAUCUACCUCCACAGCACCAGGGGAUGAUUUCCAUUCAUUUGAUCUGCUUAUGCUGUGAGGGCUGAUACGGAGAUGAUGAAAUGUAAGGGAUCUGACCAUGGGGACUAAAUUAGACAAAAGUGCUGUAAGGAAAUGGUGAUGUUACCUGAGGCCAGUGGGCAGGGGGUGCAGGGCGCCUCCUACAUACAGGAACCUGUUCUGGGCGGCUGGAUGGUCUCCCCGGACAGGCAACACUUCUGAGUCCAAGCCAAGCUCAGAAACCUAUUCUCCGCACUCAGGAAGAGGGCAAAUUAAGGGAAGGACCGACCCACCAAGUAUACAACCUCCCCUCAACUCCAUUCCCCCGUGAAAACCGCUUUCGCAACCUCUCCUAGGCACUCCACGAGCCUCUCACCAGGAGCAGGGUCCGGGCCCCCAGGACUCCAGCCGGCCGAAUUCCUCGAGGUCCAAGUUCAAAGAUAGCACCAUCCGGCCCUCGAACUGAGCGGAUCCAUCCUCCCAGACGCUUACUGCCCUCCACAACGACCACCUGGGGAGAAGGGGGGGGACACUACAGCACCGCCUAUAGCCGUGGACCAAGAGGUCGGGAGGCGAAGGAGGUAGCCAGGAUCCUGCUUUUGGUGGAAAUGGGGGAACAAGCGGGAAUCCCUUUAAAGGAGUGCCCGUGGGUGGGACACUUACUUUGGGGGGAUCGGGGGCCCGGCUCAGGUGGUAACUGGCAGCCAAGCCGCUGAUGCCUCCGCCCAGCACGACCACGGUGCGGCCCAUUGGGCAGUCUGGGGAAAGACGGGGUGAUAUGGACAGGGGGACUCUGCUCCCAAGAAGCCUCGCCGGCUCCACGUUCCACUCCCGCUCCCUCACUGCUUUAGGGGAAACUAAGGCAGCGCGCGCAGAAGGGCUGGCGGAACAGUGAGACCCCUGCCCAGGGGCCAGGACUCACCCUAGAGAGGUCUGGAAGGCCCGGAAAAUGCGGGGAAAGGAGGAGGCAGUGGUCUCAGCCCCAAGACCUCACCCCGCCGGCGCUCCGCCGGGAGGCAGAUUAGGGCCACACCCACACUAUCUGUGCUCGCAGAGCUCCAGGGGGGCGGCCGCCUUCCUAAGUCCUGAGGCGCUCUCCUUCCCACGCCUCCCUUGGCCAACAAUCGCUUCAAAUCCACUACUCCCGCCCCCAACCCUUUCGGCCUCUCCGACUCUCCGUCCACGCUAUUCUCGCGCACGCUCCUAACUCUAUUUUUCCUGCUUCUGGAUUGGUGGGGCCUUGAAGGCCCCGGAUCACAUCCACCAAUGAAAACACUGAACUGGCAGCGACUCUGCCCCCGGCAGAACGGCGGCCGCUGUACAAGUCAGCUUUGUAGAGUUAGCGGAAAUUAACCGGUUCGGUGCCCAGUUGGAGUGAGCGGCCGUAAGCGGCAAGGCCACGCCCCGGACCACAGCGACGAAAGCCGAGUCCUGCAGUUGGCAUUCCGCAGUCCAAGCUUCCCAGGCCCAGCUAGGGUGAGAACCCUGGAGGGAGGGCCCCAUGAGCUUUGGCUGUAAAGAGAGGAGGUAGGGACACUGGAGCCGGUCCUUGGGGAGGCGGCUCCAUAAACAGCUCCUUGGUGUUAGCAACAGGCCGGGCCUACGGGAGCUAGGGCCACCCGGCAACGUACUCAGUGUUUGUCAACAGGGGUCCUUGGGUGCCUCGCUCUCAAGGGGCACCCCCCAUCGCGGGCAAUACCCGUCGUCCAGUGCCUGCAUUUUUGUUCCAGGCCUCCCCGCAGCUUCCCGAGUCUCAAGUUUACCUUCCUGUUUUCCUCCCAAACUAAACCUUCACUGCUUGGGCACACGUGGGUAUCAACAUGUUUAUUACCACCCCCACCCCCCAACACAUACAUGGCCGAGAGCGCCUCAUCUGUUUAGAGAGGGAACUGGGGGCCAGGACUCCAGGUCAGCCCGGUUCUAUAUUCCCAACCUACCCCGCAAAAUUGACAGCAACGGGUUUUUUUUUUUUAUCCCGCAAAGCAUGAAUACAAAUAAGGACAUCAUCUUUUCUUAAUAAAUUUAUUCACAAAAAGUGAGACUGCAGAGGGUCUGGGGUCUGUACAUGGGCAGGGGCCUGGUGAGUUCUGUACACGGGGCUAGGAGGCAAGGGAGCCUCCAGGUGGAAGGGUAUCUUUUUAAUAAAAAAAAUAUGGGAGCUACAA